AUGAUCCUCGCGCUAGAGAAAAAGCAAAUCCCUCCGAAUAUCAAUUUCAAAGAUGGCCAUCCGGAUAUUCCCUGGAAAUCGGCGCUCCUCAAGGUACCAGUCGAAGUAACCCCUGGCCUAAAGAUCGUGCAGAGCGUGUAUGUGUCAACAACUUUGGAGUCGGUGGGGCAAAUGCAAACAUUUUGCUCGAGUCCGCUGCGACAGUUCUCUCCGAGGGCAAAUAGUGCCGAGGCGCUAGUUGAAAUGGAUAAAAACUUCAAUUCUUAUUUGAACGCCCACCCGGAGCGAUUAUUGGAUCUCAGCUAUACGCUCGCUGUCCGACGAAACCAUCUUCCCUAUCGAGGAUAUGGCGUUGCCAAGUUAAGUGGAGCCUUGGACAGCAUCAUCUUCUCAUCGGGAAAAGCAACGGCACAGAGGGACCUGGCAUUCGUUUUCACCGGCCAAGGUGCACAGUGGGCCUCUAUGGGGGCCCGCCUCUUCGACAUAAACGAGAUCUUUAAAGAGACUAUCGAGAGUCUUGACGCGCACUUGCGCAGCUACAAUCCACCACCGCUCUGGUCAUUAGCAGCCUACACUGCCGGAAAUCCCGUUCUAUUCGACCGUGCAGUCAACUUUGUGAGCCCAUUACUGAUCCAUGAAGGCGAAGAUACGGAGCUUAUAACAGUUUUAAAACCCGUCCGGCUUACGAAUACCACGUAUUCAGAAUGGUAUGAGUUCGAGAUUUCCUCUGUUCGGAAAGGCAUAUGGAUCAGGCAUGUGUUUGGCCAGGCUCGGAAGGACAUAGCCCUCAGCGAUGACGCCACUCUAGCACACCCCGACCCAGGCCUCCGUGUGACAGAUGGCGCAUCGUGGUAUUCGGCUAUUGAUAGAGUUCAGCUCAGUUAUGGGACAAGAUUCCGGGGUUUGAAGAAUAUCAGGGCCGAUGUUAUCCGCCACCGAGCAGUCGCCGACAUCAGAAACGACAUAGCCAUUAGCGAUUCUCACUAUUGCCAGCAUCCAUGCACGCUCGACUUUGUCUUACAGCUAGCAUAUAUUGCUAAUUGCAAAGGCUUACCGCGGUUAAUGACUACGCUAGCCGUGCCCUCCUAUAUUGAAGAGGUCUCUGUUCGGGCCCUUCCCCACGGAGCCCACAUUGCCAUAGAAGCAACGACUGAUCCAUGCGGUACACGUGGCGCCUACAGUGCAGAUAUCUUAGGGAUAUCGAGUGGAAAAGCCGCCAUCAAGAUGAAGGGUCUCCGCAUCACCUGCACUAUUGAGUCAUACGCGCUGCUCAAAGGAUUGUCGCCUGCGUCCGAAUUCAUGUGCAAAUUCCGGACAAUGCUCCGUGAGAGGCGAGAUCAAGCAGAAAACGGAUAUUCCUCCACACUCCCAGACGCUAAAGAUAUUACUGCCAUGUCUUCACCAGAACGCACUGACCUGAUCGAGAAGCUGCAUGGUGAGGCGAACAAGGCGGACUGCUGGGCCUCGGCUGCUGCAAUCCGCCGUGUAUAUGAGUCCUGCCGGGGAAUUUUUACAGGGGAGGUGGACGUGCUCUCUAUUUUACUCGAAGAUGAUGUCCUCAGUCGCAUCUAUAAUGAGAUGAUGAUGACGGAUUACAGCGACUUCUUCACACUCGCGGCGCAUUACAAGCCCAACCUAAAGAUCCUCGAAAUCGGUGCCGGAACGGGAGGAACGACAAACACAAUUCUUCCCCUCCUCAAAAACAAACAUAAUGAUAGAAUGUACUAUUCUUAUACAUUUACUGAUAUAUCUCCUGGUUUCUUCAAUGCGGCUAAGGAUCGGUUCAACGAGUUCCCUGGGAUAGAGUACAAGGUCCUUGACGUGGAGAAAGACCCCGUUCAACAGGGUUUCUCAGAGCACAGCUUCGAUAUUAUUGUCGCCGCUAACGUACUUCAUGCUACGACUGAUCUGACUCGAACAUUACGGCAUGUGCGAACUUUACUCGCACCAAAAGGGAGACUCCUGCUCUGCGAGCUCUGCCCGGAAACAAAAUGGGUUAACUACAUCAUGGGGACUCUGCCCGGCUGGUGGCUCGGCGAGCAUGAUGACAGAGCCGUUGAGCCGUAUGUCUCGCCGCAGCGCUGGAGUCGUCACAUGUAUGAAGCCGGCCUAGAACUACUCCCGGGGUCCCAUUUUGAUGGGGAGUUGAACUGGAGCAUGGUGGCGGCACACCGAUCAGACCCGCCAGCUCGUAUCGCGCCGCCGCAAGGGGUCGACAUCUUCUCAAUCAUCGACAUUGAGCAGCCAUUCUUCUAUAACAUUAGCGAUGAAAACUUUGAGAAGUUCAAAGAUCUACUAACCGAGGUCAGCCCGAGCGCUGGGGUCCUCUGGGUAACGGGCGCUUCUCAAAUUGACUGCCAUGACCCCCGCUACGCACUAGCCCUUGGCAUGGCCCGAACUAUACGAGUGGAGCAAAAUAUCGAUUUUGGAACACUCGAGCUCGACCGGCUUGACAACUCAGUGUGGGAUACUACAGUCAGCGUUUUUGAAGAAUUUCAGUCUCGAACCCGUGACGGCGAACUUGACGCAACAAUGGAGUGGGUGCUGUCGGAUGGCGUAGUCAAGGUUGGACGCUUCGCCUGGGUAAAUCUAGACGAUGAGCUCAAGGAACAGUCCUCCACAGUUUCUCAACGCACACUUGAAAUCGACUUGGCUAAUUUCAAUGAUUCGCUUAAAUGGAGAACGUCUGACUUGGGCGAGCCGACUUCUGAUCUCAUAAGCAUCCGGGUCUGUGCUAUAGGUCUUAGCUUCAAAGACAAGUUGAUCACUACAGGCAUCCUCGACGUAAAGAAAUUGGGAUUCCAAUGCGCCGGUAUUGUGGAAAAAGUAGGACCUGGUGUAGCUACCCUUAUCCCAGGCGACCGUGUUGUGGCGAUAGUAUCGGGGGCGGUCGCGACUGCUAUAAUAACGCCGGAGAAGCUGUGUACGAAAAUCCCUGCUGGCUUACCCUUUGACCUUGCGGCAUCUAUGCCUUUAGCAUACGGAACGGCCAUAUAUGGUCUAAUGGACAAGGCCAAUCUACGGAAAGGGCAAAGUGUUUUGAUACACGAUGCAUGCAGUGACAUCGGCCUGGCUGCUCUACAAAUUGCAAGCAUGAUCCAGGCACAGAUCUUCUGCACCGUUGAUAGUGAAGAAAAAGCACAACACCUGGUGGACCGAUUCAAUAUCCCACGGCAUUAUAUUUUUGAUUCUCGGGAUACUGCCUUCCAAGAGGACAUUCAGCGCGAGACGAACGGAUAUGGUGUGAAUGUGGUACUGAACUCACUCACUGGCGAGCUUCUCCAGGCCAGCUGGAGAUGCGUGGCCAAGUUUGGCUAUCUUCUUGAGACCGGCAUAACAGAUCUCGUCGGAAAUGGUGUGCUCUCGCUGGAACGGUUUCAGGAGGGCCGAUCGUUUAUAGGGAUCGACUUUUAUCUUUUCUCCGUAGAGAGACCAGAUGAGUCUAGAAGGAUCCUAAAAUCGAUGAUAGAGCUCUAUACCUGGGGCUUCAUUCAGGCUAUUGAGCCAUGCAUCCAGGUGCCAGCGACCAAAAUUGAGCAAGCUAUCCAUAUCCUACAAAGAAAGGACAGUCAGAUUGGAGCUAUCACUGAUGCGCGGAUAAAGUCCAAGACGUCGAGCGAGCAGUUUGUGCAGCAACAAAGCCGAUACAGGGUGUCAUACAAGCAUCCAUGGUUCUCAAGCCAAUACUGUACUCGACAGGGCCGCCCAUGUCAGACGGUAGAUAUCGGUGCUGUCGAUGGUGUGGGGUACCUCGUCCGCGACACCCGAGCGCCGAUCGGCCUCCGCUCCACAAUGCCGAUCAAGUCUGAGCAAAGCCGUGUCUCGUGGAGAAGCGACCCUAGGAUGGCACUCUAUCAUAAUAUUGAAGACUGCCAAGAGGUUUCUAGCCAAAGCUCUGAGAAAGAUGAACUGAAGGAGUUCCUCAACACUAUAGCUUAUAGUCCAGAAUUUCUCGACACUGCGGAUGUGCCUGCCUUCCUAGCGCAGCAGAUUGGUAAAACCCUCUUCUCAUUUCUCCUUCGACGCCCGGACGAGGUGCCUGAUAUUGACCAAUCGCCCUCGUCUAUUGGUCUUCGAGCUCUCGCACCUAAUAUUCAGGGUUUUAGGCAGAUCAAGUAUGACCUCCAGAUUACAUGA